AUGAGACAACUUCCGGACUCCCAGUGCACAGCGCCAGGCGAAGAUGUGGUGGCUUGCGGUGGAAGCCGCAUGAAGUUGGUCACCGCACAUGAGCAGGUCAACGCACUCAUCAGCCUGCUUGCCGAAUGCAAGCCGCUGCACACAGCUCACUGGUCAACCCGGCCCUUACUGGGAAAGAGACCCUGCGACUUUGUGCUGCUCCUGGGCGGCCUCUUCCUGGCCUACCGCAUGGGUGUCUGCAUCCUGGCGGGUGUCAGGUUCCCCAUCGUGCUGGUGGGCCUCACGGUGCCCCUGGUGGGCCUUUUGGUGGGCUACUGCCUGGCCACGUGUCUGAAGCUGCCUGUGGCCCAGCGGCGGACGGUGGGCAUCGAGGUCGGGGUGCAGAACAGCCUGCUGGCCUUGGCCGUGCUGCAACUGUCCUUCCGCCGCCUCCAAGCCGACUAUGCCUCCCAGGCCCCCUUCAUUGUUGCACUGAGCGGCACUUCAGAGAUGCUGGCCUUGGUCAUGGGCCACUUCAUCUACAGCAGCCUGUUCCCGGUGUCAGAGGACGAGAUGGUGUCCUCGCUGAAGCUUCUGGUCUCCGAACAGCUGAACGUCCCCGUGCGCCAGCAGCGGCUGCUGUUCAAGGGCAAAGCCCUGGCAGAUGGGAAACGGCUCUCAGAUUAUAGCAUUGGCCCCAAUUCCAAACUCAACCUAGUGGUCAAGCCUCUGGAGAAGGUGUUACUGGAACAAGGCACUGGCCGAAGACAGGCAGAGGCCCAGCCCCGGGCCCUGGCCCCACCCUCAGAGACUUGGCAGGUGAUCGCUAAAGUUCUGGGCCGACACUUCAGUGCGGCAGAUGCCAACAGGGUGCAGGAACAACUCCAGCGGGAGUAUGAGAGGUCCUUGAGCCGCCUGACCAUGGAUGACAUUGAACGCUUGGCUGGCCGCUUCCUGCAUCCUGAAGUGACCGAGGCUUCAGAGAAGGGUCUCUCCAAAUAG